GGAGUAGAUAUCCGUCACAACAAAGACCGCAAGGUGCGGCGAAAAGAGCCCAAAAGUCAGGAUAUCUAUCUGCGACUUCUGGUUAAGUUAUACCGUUUCUUGGCCCGUCGUACAAAUGCCAGCUUCAACAAAGUGGUUUUGAGACGUCUGUUCAUGAGCCGCACCAACAGGCCACCACUGUCUCUGUCCCGUUUGAUUCGCAAGAUGAAGCUACCUGGACGUGAAGGCAAAACGGCUGUGGUGGUUGGAUGCAUCACAGAUGAUAUCAGGAUUCAAGAUAUCCCCAAACUCAAGGUGUGUGCACUUAAAGUGUCUUCUGGAGCACGCAGGAGAAUUCUUACAUCUGGUGGACAACUUUUGACAUUUGACCAGUUGGCUCUCGCUGCCCCUAAAGGCCAGAACACUGUUUUGCUUUCAGGUCCUCGCAAGGCACGUGAGGUGUACAGACACUUUGGAAAGGCACCUGGUACUCCACACAGUCACACCAAACCCUACGUUCGUUCUAAGGGUAGAAAGUUUGAGCGCGCUAGAGGACGUAGAGCAAGCAGAGGAUACAAGAACUAA